AUGCAAAACCCAGAAAACAAUAACCAGCAGUUCCACCACCACCACCGCCAUUCUGACACGGAGGUGGUAGGCAAUGAUAGAACUUCUUACAGUGGUCCAUUAAGCGGACCAUUGAACAAGAGAGGUGGCAAGAAGAGCGCAAGGUUCAAUAUCCCGGAUUCUUCCCCUGGUAGUAGUGGCGCUUCCAAUGAUGACUAUGUUGAGAUCACCCUCGACGUCAGGGAGGACUCCGUGGCGGUGCACAGUGUCAAAACCCCCGGCGGCGGAGAGGUGGAGGAUCCCGAACUGGCGUUGCUGGCUAGAGGGCUGGAGAAGAAAUCAUCAUUUGGAUCUUCAAUUGUGAGAAAUGCAUCUUCAAGAAUUAAGCAGGUGUCCCAAGAGCUCAAGCGGUUGGCGUCUUUGACAAGGCGACCUCAGCCGGGGAGAUUUGAUCGGACAAAAUCCGCUGCCGCUUAUGCCCUUAAAGGGCUGAAGUUUAUUAGCAAAACUGAUGGUGGUGCCGCCUGGGCCAGGGUGGAGAAGAAGUUUGAUGAGCUAACUGCCACCACCAAUGGCUUGCUUCCUCGUUCACUCUUCGGCGAAUGCAUCGGUAUGAACAAGGAAUCAAAAGAAUUUGCCGGAGAACUUUUUGACGCACUCGGACGGCGCCGGAAUAUCACCGGUGAUUCCAUCAACAAAGCUCAGCUGAAAGAAUUCUGGGAUCAAAUAUCGGAUCAAAGUUUUGAUUCUCGGCUUCAAACUUUCUUUGACAUGGUUGAUAAAGAUGCCGAUGGCAGAGUAACUGAAGAAGAAGUCAGAGAGAUUAUUAGCCUAAGUGCGUCUGCAAACAAGUUGUCCAACAUUCAGAAGCAAGCCGAUGAAUAUGCAAGGUUGAUCAUGGAAGAACUCGACCCCAACGAGCAUGGAUACAUUAUGAUUGAAAACUUGGAGAUGCUUUUAUUGCAAGGUCCGAGCCAGUCGGUUAGAGGAGGGGGUGAUAGCCGGAACUUGAGCAAAAUGCUUAGUGAGAAGCUUAAGCCAACUUUAGGCCACCCCUUAAAGAGAUGGUAUCAAGAUUUUAAGUACUUUUUAUUGGAUAAUUGGCAGAGAGUUUGGGUGAUGGCAUUGUGGAUUGGAGUUAUGGCUGGUUUGUUUGCUUAUAAGUAUGUGCAGUAUAAAAACCGAGCAGUAUUUGACGUUAUGGGUCCUUGUGUGUGUCUGGCUAAGGGCGCUGCUGAAACACUUAAGCUCAACAUGGCACUGAUCUUGCUUCCCGUCUGCCGGAACACAAUCACCUGGCUUAGAAACAAGACAAAGUUAGGUUCGGCUGUGCCAUUUGAUGACAACCUCAAUUUUCACAAAGUAAUUGCUGUUGCAAUUGCAAUUGGGGUUGGAAUACAUGGAAUUAGUCACUUGACGUGCGAUUUCCCUCGACUUCUUCAUGCAAGUUCUGAGAAGUAUGAGCCGAUGGAGCCCUUCUUCGGAGAUCAGCCUACAAGCUAUUGGUAUUUUGUGAAGGGAUGGGAAGGGGUGACUGGAAUCAUAAUGGUGGUGUUAAUGGCAAUAGCCUUCACAUUAGCAACCCCAUGGUUCAGGCGAAAUCGAGUGAACCUACCUAAACCAUUGAACAAGCUCACUGGAUUCAAUGCCUUCUGGUAUUCCCAUCAUCUAUUCGUCAUCGUGUACAUUUGCCUCGUUAUUCAUGGCAUCAAGCUCUAUUUGACCCAUGAAUGGUACAAGAAAACGACAUGGAUGUACUUGGCAAUCCCCAUCAUACUCUAUGCUGGUGAAAGGUUGAUUAGAGCAUUCAGGUCCAGCAUCAAGGCCGUUAAGAUCCUAAAGGUGGCUGUUUACCCUGGAAAUGUGCUGACCCUUCAUAUGUCCAAGCCACAAGGUUUCAAAUACAAAAGUGGUCAAUACAUUUUUGUCAAUUGUGCAGCUGUUUCUCCAUUCGAGUGGCACCCAUUCUCCAUUACAUCCGCCCCUGGUGAUGAUUAUGUGAGUGUUCAUAUUAGAACUCUUGGUGAUUGGACAAGACAACUCAAAGCUGUUUUCUCCGAGGUUUGUCAGCCGCCACCUACCGGAAAAAGUGGACUCCUCAGAGCUGACUAUUUGCAGGGAGAGAAUAAUCCCAAUUUCCCAAGAGUGUUAAUUGAUGGCCCAUAUGGAGCGCCAACUCAAGACUACAAAAAGUAUGAUGUUGUGUUGCUUGUCGGGCUUGGUAUUGGCGCAACACCGAUGAUUAGCGUCAUCAAAGACAUUAUGAACAACAUGAAGGCGAUGGAGGAUCAAGAGAAUGGUUUGGAGGAGGGAAGUGAAGGAGCUGCCACUAACAACCCUGCUCCACCACCCAAUGCUAGCCCUUUAACGCCGAAUAGAAAGUCGGGAUCAGGGCGUAUAAAUAACUUUAGAACGAAUAGGGCAUACUUCUAUUGGGUUACAAGGGAACAAGGUUCUUUUGAUUGGUUCAAAGGAGUUAUGAAUGAGGUCGGUGAAAUGGACCACAAGGGAGUAAUAGAAAUGCACAAUUACUGCACCAGUGUUUACGAAGAAGGCGAUGCUCGUUCAGCUCUAAUUACUAUGCUUCAAUCCCUCAACCAUGCCAAAAAUGGAGUAGACGUCGUCUCUGGAACUCGAGUCAAGUCUCACUUUGCCAAGCCUAACUGGCGUACUGUCUACAAGCGCAUCGCCCUUAAUCACCCCAAUAAGACCAUUGGGGUAUUCUAUUGUGGGGCGCCACCACCUGUGAAAGAACUAAGACAACUCGCCUCUGAUUUUUCUCACAAGACCUCUACCAAAUUUGAAUUCCAUAAAGAGAACUUUUGA